CUCCCGAGAAACGCUUCCUUCCCACGGGCGACUCCCACUGAGCGGGCUCGCGGGCCGCAGGGGAGGCUGACAGGUGCAGGAAGGAAGCCGGCACUCUUCUGAGAGGGAAGCGGGACGGCCCGGCCGAGGAGCCUGUCCGGCACAGGAGGAAAGGUCCCGGAACUGGAUAUAGAGACACAGCUCUACUUUGCAUUCCCCGGACGCAGUUAGAUGUUGUACCGGACCUGGUUACCAUGGUAACGGGAGUCGCGGUUUGUCUCCAAACGGAGUGAAGAGGUUCUAGAGCCUAUCUCAUCUCCAGUCAUGAGGGCAUCCUCAAAGGGACUUCUCACCCAGAUUUCUCAGUUCUGGAAUAUGCUUGAUGAUUUAGCUGAAAAUGAUCCUGAGCGCUACAAGAACUUCAUCGAGCAGGAACUGAAGGAUGGAAAACAGCUGUGUGUCGACCCAGUACCACAGCUCUGCCUACAAACCAAGAUCCUAAAACCAAAAGAAAAAGUACUCUUUAUCAACCUGUGUCAAUGGAAAAGGAUCCCGGCUCCCCAGUCAGCCAAUCAUCCUGUGCCUAUAAGUGUUGGCAGACCAGAGGAUUUCUCUGAGGCAUCAGGUUCAUAUACAGUUAUUGAUGUUGCCUACAAUCCUGAUGUUCUGCAAGCAGCAGAAAAAGACCAAGGGAUCAAAGAUCAGUUAAUAAAAAUGGCCAUGCAUUGCAUUGAGGAGCGACUCCAGUUCACACUCGCACGUUCAUACCGUGUCACUAGUUUUAGCAUAAAAGGAAACAUUCAGAGAACCAAGGAAAAUCUGACGAGCAUUAAAACUGACUUCACAGGCUUCAAAGAGAUAAUGAGAACAGAAAAUACUCUUGAAAUGAUGAGAAGCAGUACUGAGAGUGAACCAAAUCACCUUCCUCAGGUGCUACUGAACAAAAACCAAGCAUCAGGCAAAGGACGGUGUCUCAUAGAGGAGAUUUCUAGUUCAGAAAUCCAGGUGGAGGUUAAGAAACCAGCCUAUGAACUAAAGAUUGUGAAGGAUCAGAAUGAGAAACCUCUGAAAAUUGAACUAAAAAUCGAGUUACCUGGGAUUAACUCAGUCUCUCUCUGUGAGCUUAGUGUUUCUGAGGUUGAUUUAUUGAUUGAGGUCUCUGAGAAGUACCGAUUAUACCUGAAUCUUCCAGAAUCGAUUAAUACAGAAAUGACGACAGCAAAAUUUAUCAAAAAUAAGUCUGUAUUAUUCAUUACAAUGCCACUGGCAUAAAAGCAGUGUAUUUGGUGUUUUCAUUGCUACUCAUGUCAGUUAUAGGACCUACAUUGUGGGCAGGAGUAGUGAAUAUUUGUUUUUGUUUGUUGUUGUUUGAGACAGGGUCUCACCGUGUAGCCUUAGCUAGUCUCAAACUCAUAGAGAUCUGCCUGCCUCUGCUUCCUGGUAUUAAAGCAUGUGCCACCACACACAGCAAUAUACAGGGCCAAAUACAGUAAUAUCCAUGUCUACCAGCUAGACUUCUGUCUGACAUGGACUUGUCUGGACUAGACAGAAUAUUUGGAGGACAACUACACACAGGAAAAACAUAUGCGUCUCUAAUUGAAAAAAAAUUAACUGACUCAGGCCAAGUACAUCCUUCUAUAGAAACAAAGCAACACUCCCUCUCCUCCUCCUCUUUUGUUUCUCAGAACAGGUCUCUGUGUAGCCUUGGCUGUCCUGGGAUGCUAUCUGUAGACUAGGCUGGCCUCAAACUCACCUAGAUCCACCUGCCUCUGCCUCCCCAGUGCUGGGACUAGAGGCAUGUGCCACCAUCAGCCAAGAGGCAUUUUUCAUCUUCAUUUCUAAGCUGUCAAUAAAGUACCAACUACCCAAUUUAUAUGCAAGGACAGCAACAGGCAGGUCAAACUUUAUUUAUGUACAUGAGUGCUCUAUCGACUUUAUGCCAGAAGAAGGCAUCAGAUCCCACUAUUGAUGGUUGUGAGCCAUCAAUUGCUGACAAUUGAACUCAGGACCACUGGAAGAGCAAUUGGUGCUCUUAACCACUGGGCCAUCUCUCCAGCUCUGGCAGAGCAAACUUUAAAUACCCCUUUGCCCUUUCAAGGUUGAACUCAGGUCUCACAAAUGGUGGUCAAGACUCUCCUAA